AUGGUUACCUUGACAUCCAUUACCCUGGCAGCCGCCACGCUCAUCGGUCUCACUGCUGCUGUCCCAGCACAACCAGUUCGGUCUACCGGUGUGAUACAUCGCGUCUUCGCCGGCUCUACGACCGCCAACAAUGGCCUUCAUUUCGAGCCUGAGAACGUCGUCGCCGAACCUGGCGAUCUGAUGGAAUUCCACUUCCUCCCUAAAGCCCACACUUUUGUGCAAUCCUCUUUCGACAAGCCAUGCGAGCCUCUCAGUGGGGACAGCGCGAUCUUCUCUGGUUUCAACUUCAACACUACUGCAGGCGAGGCGCCAAAUGUCUUCACCUUCAUGGUGCUAGACAAAAGUCCGAUUUGGUACUACUGCUCUCAGACGAACGGCAACCACUGCCAGAAAGGCAUGAGUGGUGUUAUCAACCAGAACUUCAAUUCAGACAAGACGCUCGCAAAGUACAAGGAGAACGCUGUCAAAACGGUCACUAAGCAGCCUUCUGCUGAUCCGCUUGCUUCUCAAGGUGGUGCAAUUUUGCCAAAUAUGCCUUUGUGA